AUGAUUUCGGCGUUACAAGAAAAAUUAGUCCAAACCGUUUCCAGUACCCUAGAAGAAGAUCGGAAAGGUCGUAGUGUGGUUAUAGCUGGGUUACCAGAAGAACCUCGCAAACUACCAGCAUCGCGACGACAAGCAGAACUGGAGGAUAAGGUUGGAGAUUCGAAAACUAGAAACUUGGGACAAGAAAACUCUGAUGCAGAAGUAUUGGGUGGCCUUAACUAUAAGCUAAUUCGAAGCGAUCGAGGUUGCCAAAGAGGAGGGGGAGUAUGUUGCUUGGUUCGAGAUCUGCGAUUGCAAGUAAAAUCGAACCAUCUUAAACAGUCUUUUUCCGACGUGCUCGCUCGAUAUCACUUCGGAGUUUUCUACUAA